GCAUGCGCCGUGGGCCCCGCCGGCCGUUCGGGCGGGUUUAGGGCCUGGCCGCCGGGGCGGGCCCGCAGCGGCGCUGCGCGGGAUGGCGGCGGCGGCGGCGGAGGAGGAGGACUUCGUGCUGGCGCUCCAGCUCCAGGCGCUGUGGGAAGCGGAGGAUAAGGAGGCGGCGGCUUCUGCGUGCCCCGAGGCCUCGCCGGACCCUUCGCUCCUCCGCCCGCUGUCGGUGGUGGACGAGGCCUGGGAGCUGCUGGACCCCAGCCCCGACGUGCACGGCCUCUUCCUGCAGUUCAACGAGACGCUCUUCUGGGGGCGCCUGGCGGCCGUCGAGGUGUCGUGGAGCCCGCGCAUGACCCUUUGUGCUGGAGUGUGUAGAUAUGAAGGAAAAGGUGGAAUGUGUUCCAUUCGUCUAAGUGAGCCACUCCUAAAGUUAAGGCCGAGGAAGGAUCUCGUUGAGACGCUGUUGCAUGAAAUGAUCCAUGCCCUGCUUUUUGUUACUAAUAAUGACAAAGAUCGUGAAUCUCACGGACCAGAGUUCUGCAAACACAUGCGUCGCAUUAAUCGCUUGACUGGAGCCAAUGUCACAAUUUACCAUACUUUUCACGAUGAGGUGGAUUUGUACCGCCAGCACUGGUGGCGAUGCAAUGGCCCCUGUCAAAACAGAAAACCGUACUUUGGAUAUGUGAAACGUUCAACAAAUAGAGCACCCUCGGCACGAGACUUUUGGUGGGUUAAGCAUCAAGAGACGUGUGGAGGUACGUUCACAAAAGUAAAGGAGCCAGAGAACUUCUCAAAGAAAUCCAAGGAGCAAACUGGGGCAGCAAAACUUCCGAAGUCCAAGUCAACUAACAAAGGCAAGACCCGAAUGCGUGAUACACAAGAUCUGAUGCCUUUUAGUGGAAAGGGUUAUCGGCUUGGGGGAGACGGUGAACUCUCAGAAAAAAGCAUAGAUUUCAGCAGCAAUGUUAGUUCACAGCAUCGUUCAGCAGUAAGGACGAUACCAAUCCCUAAAAACGAGAUAAAAUUUGAAAAAUCACCCCGUAAUGGCAUCUUCUUUCCACUUUACACUGAUGACGCCUGUGAGAAAAUCAGCUUAGCCUCAAAGCAUGAGUUUCCCAAACCCUCUGUCGCUAAUGCAAAAGCUUACAAGAAUGUUAGUGGAUCGCCUGUUAAAAUUGCUCAUGUUGUGGAAGAAAAAUCAAACCAACGUUCUGCAAAUGGCAAGAGGGUUAUGCCUUUUUCUAACAGGCCAUCGAAACAAAUUUGUCUUGAGCAGACAGCAACAGCUCAGGUUGUACCUGAGAAAAAACGCUCAGAAUGUACUAAUGCACUACAGCAAUGGCCAAAAAUGGAAGACAAAACUGCCUUUGAAAACUAUUUCAUUAAAAAAGGGAGUACUGAUGUCACCUUAAGUGUAAAUGCUCCUGUGAAAACCAAAGCUGCAUCUACAGUGUCCUCUGCAAGUUCCAGCACUGCUGUAAGGCAGAAUGAAAAAGUCAGUUGUCCUGUUUGCCAGACUGAGGUUUUCGAGUCUGAAAUAAAUGAACACCUUGAUUCUUGUCUUGCAUAAAAACUUUCAGAAAGCUGUCUCAAAAAGAUGAACCAGGGCUGAAAACAUGGCUUGAAAACUGCUUUGCUUAAGGUUUGCAAACUGGAAUUUAAAAUACUGUCAGCACGCUGAACAUCAAGUUGUGUGGAGUUAUGCAUCAGUGCUGACUGGGAAGCUAGCUGCUACUUGUGUUCCAAAGAAUGAAAUACUCAAGUUUUAGUUGGUGGAUGGUUGUGCCAACAUUGUUGCUGCAUUAUCUGGGUAAUAAGAAGGUGGAUACUUGCUGAACUGUGUAGUUUUGAGGCAGUUCUUAAAACUAAGACAUUUUUAAUCCUGCUAAUUUGUCUUUGUUUUCAGGACCCCUUUGUGUUGUGUUUUUUUUUUUAAGUGUCUUUGACAAUUCUUAAAGUUAACCACCUAUAAUAGAUAAGAAUUCUUCUGUUUACUGCAGUGUAAUUAAGUGGCAUGUAUUUUUAGAAUAGUAAAUAUUUUGCAUAAGCCACAAUUACACUCGGGUGGUUCUUCUCACCUGUGACCUUUUUGAAAAGAUGGAUGAGUGAGAAUCUCCAAUACGAGUUUUUGUCAAAAAUGGGAGAUGGACAGUCAUCAAAAACAUAGCAAAGCAUCCGUUUAGGAUUAAUGGGUAGAUUGUUGCAGGAAGAGAGAAAAUCCGGAAGGGUGAUGAAGUGCUAGGAAAUGAAGCGUAAGAUGCUUGGCAGAUGAGAAGGCUGUACACUUAAGGGCUCAAUUAAAAAAAAUAAAUCAUUUUGAGGAGUUUUUUUCAAAAAGGAUUUAGAAAUUAGGUACACUGUUAAAAGUUGGAGUGGUCAACUGGAAGCUGAUGAACUUCCGUUUCGUGUGUCUUUUUGGUCCAGGGUCCCAGCUGGGUUCUCCACCCGCUUUUUUUGAUGGCUUGCACAAACUGUUGAAAGUUCUCUCGUUUUCUAGCGUAUAGGUAUUAUGUGCCUACGAGUAACUGACCCCCAUAUCCUGACACUAGUAAGUAAAAGUUGUGAGGAGUAUUGGUAGCAAUACUGGUAAAGACUGUUCUUGGCCAUGUCAUAAAAGCCUUUGUGAUUUUUUCGCUUGAUGCUGUUUUAACCUGUAAAGCACUGGAAGUUUAAAUUGACGUUAGCUGACAGCCUUUAUUUGGCUUCUGGAAGCCAGCCAGCUCGGUGGUUAGUAUCCAGCAAGCUGCUCAGUUGAGUGCUAAAAACCAUUAUGCUGUGAAACGUUAUUCUGUAUAAACCUUCUGAAAUGUUAACAAUUCUCUAGUUGCACUGAAAGUAUUAACUGGUUAAACAGUUAACAGCUUGUUUCCGUACUUGUAAAACUAAUCAUAAGUAUUUUUGUUACCAGAAAAUAUAAAUUCCAGUAUUGUUGCUACAACUGAAAAUGGCUGUAUUAGCCUGGGAUGCACAUGUAUUUGCCUCUGUAUAAUCCGUUAAUUGCUGCUUCCUUUUAAAAUUGGGAAAUAAACUGCUGUGCAAAUUUGGCAAAUGAUACACCAGUGUUUAAAAAGAGUUAAGGUGUUUUGUGAACACUGAUGCUACAGAUAAUUAAUGUUUGUUCUUGUAUAUUCUGAAUAAAUUGGUACUUAAUUUUAAAUUUUCA